UACUGUGUGAGCUGUGAUUGGUCACAGCUUGUCACAUGGUACAAGGCUGUUGUGAAUAGCCUUGUACCAUGUGAUCUCUGUGAUCAUUCACAGAUUUCACAUGUAGUAAGCAAUGAUGUCAGAUGUGACAUCUUGCUUACUACUCUUCAUGUGAUCACUGAUUGGCCAAUCAGUGAUCACAUGAUCAGGACCUCACACAGAGAGAGCGCGCACAAGCAGGGAGCGGGGAGGACGUUUAUAAACGGCCACCUCCCCCUACACUGCUCCCGUCUGCCCGUUUUUAUACAUGGGCCGGACAGGAAGUGGUUA